AUUUUGUAGUCGGUCUGCGCCUUGCAGUAUUCCUACUCAAGUAGAUGCUGAGGUCGACAAUGGUCCUUCGCUGCCGUCGAUGACAUUCAUGGACAUGGCUCCUAUAUCUCCCGGGCCAGCCGCCCGCCAGCCUCGCAAGACGAAGAAAUCCAAGCCCACCGAGUCGACAAAUCUGCACCGAUUCGUACCUUUCACGAAGCGCAUCUCCAGAUUAAAAAUUGAUCCUGUCCACAAAGUUGAAAGACGAAAGCCUGUGAAUGAUGAGACAGACUUGAACCAAAGUUACUUCCACACUGCGCUGGAAGAAUGGGCAGAAUUGAACUUGUCGCAAACAUUCACGACGUUCCUGAACAAAGCGAGCCCACUCAGCGAGAAUCUCCCACAGUUGCUACACCAUGCCGAUACCAUAUUUGAACUGCUGCUACAGCAUAUUGAGAAGAAAGAUGCUUUGGCUCUGGAGCCGCUCUUGAGCCUUGUUGCCCAUCUUGCGCACGAUCUUGGCCAGGGAUUUGAACAAUACUUUUCCAGAACGGUGGACUUGGUCGCGCAGGUUGCAGCUUCUCAUGACAGUGCCGACGUGAUCGAGUGGUGCUUUACAUGCUUAGCAUGGAUGUUCAAGUAUCUCUCGAGGCUGCUAGUCCAGGAUCUGCGGCCUCUGCUCGACAUUAUGAUGCCGUAUCUGUCUUCCAAGAAAGAGUACAUUGUUCGGUUCAGUGCAGAAUCCCUCGCCUUCUUACUGAGAAAGGCCGCGGUGAUGUACCAAAAGAAGAGAGCACCACUCAUUCUGGCAAUGAGACACCUGUUGGAAAGCCGUGCGAGCGACUCGGCACCAGCCCUGCCUUCAUACCAACUCGGUGUCAUGACCCUGUGCGUCGAAAGUGCAAAAGGGAUUGACGGCACUUUGCACUCCAGCGCUGAAUCGCUAGUUCAAUGUCUACUGGAAGUCUCCAUACCGAUAUGCCAGCACGAAGAAGUCCGAUCAAUUGUUGAAGGCAUCCUCAUCGCUCUCAUUCAUGAGACUGACAGUAUUGGUUUCCAUCCCGUGAUGGAUAUGGUCCUCAACAAGGUCCGGCAGUGUACAAUUUCCACUGAGCCAAACCAGGUGCUUUUUGCUCUGAGGCUCCUGGCCAUAGUCUUGGGCACCAGGAAAGGCUCGAGAAUCUCUGCGUGGAAGGACGCCAUACAAGCAUUCCUAGACAUUGCUAAGAUUGCAGUGAAGACGCUGGACGAAGAGAGUAAUCUCAACAAAGAUUUGGAUGCGGCGACUCGCAUGAGGCAAGAGUUGCUUACGCUUUCUGCUGAAGUUCUUGCGUUCGCCCCCAUGGACCAUUUGCUGCCGUAUUCCCAGAAGAUAUUGGACUUCCUGACGAAUCAGCUCGCGCCGGCGGGCCUUUUCGCCUUCUGCAACUUCUGUGCAGAUCUGAGCAGGUCGAGAUUUACCGACCUUGUACUCCCUCGGCUCCAGCAGUACCUUUUGGCCCACUGGUCUGACGACGAAGCGGGCACAUAUUACCUUCUGGAGAGAUUGCAACGGGCUGGCACUAUCUCUAGUGGCAAGACAGGCUCUCGUUCCGUUGACUGUCCUCCCAAUUUCAAGGACGUCCUCCUUCAUCAGCUGCGGACAGAGAGCCUUGAAGAUACUGACACGCAAGUGGAACAAUUCGCCGGAAGGAUCCAUUUCCCACGAAUCGUCCGAUUUCCCCGAGGUCCAGAACAAGUUGCGACUGUGCUUUCUGAGUACCACAAACUCGUCGUACAGGCUCUUAAAGAAACUGGCACUGAUCCAGGCCUCCGCUGCCGGGUAGUUCUAGGAUGGGGUCUGCAAACUUAUCUUGACCUCCUAACGGAAGACAACAAUUCGAUUGCGGAAUUAUCUUCAAUGGUGUUGAAGACUUCUCCAGCCCACUUCCAUCUCCACGCUUUCUUGCACGCGAGCAAUCGUCUUUUCGAGAAAGUGCCUGCCAGUAUGACAGCCGCGGACAGAAAUCUGGACACCGUUCGUUACGUGCUCGUCCAAAACUUGUUGAGCAAUUCAAAAUCUCUGAAGGAGGAAUCUUUAAACCUUUUAUCUCAUCUCAGUGCCGGAGAGGACAAGGAGUGGCUCUCAGAAACUGUCGACCUCAUGCACGAUAUCCUUCAAAGCCCGUACACCCCUUCUGAAGCUCGCAAAAUAGCAAUGUUUCUACGACGUCUGCCUCAACGACAAAGAAAACUCGGUUCGACUGCAUCAUUGGAAAAUCUGGUACCAUUCUUCUGCCUCGGGUUGUUAACACACUAUCACGACCAGACUAGACAAGAGGUCUGCAAUGUUCUUGCGCAAAUCGUGGAGGCAAGCUCCGUCGAAGAAUCUGUGGUCAAUAUCGCGAUUCAGUGGCUACAGUCGCCAAUAGCUCUUCCUCACGGACCGGAAGACGAUCGUGCGCAGGUGAAGGUGAUGCCUUCAGCUUUUCACUGCACGAAUUUGUCGAGUUUAGAUUCGCAGUGCGAGCAAUUGUUGCAGGACUACUUUUCGUCAAGUCAAAGGCUUCUCAAGCUAGUUGAGGACGAUCACAUCCUUGAGAACACCAGGACCCCUAAUAACGGACGAACUCUAGCUCUCCAAGUUUUGUCAUCGAUUCCCGCAUCGGCGGAACGGCGAUCGCGUCUACUUGUACCCGUGUUUCUAGGUGCUCCAAUGACCCGGGGACAAGUCCAGCAGAAUUCGGGCUCAGACACAUCGACAUCCUCCAACACAGUCACACCAGAUGUCGAUGACAAUGAAUGGUCGCUGUCAGACCGCAAGGCGUUGCUGACUCUUUUCGGCAAAUUCGUUAACCCCAGAGUCCUAUUCAGGGCUUCUGAGGUUCACGAAAAGCUCGUUGCUCUCCUCGGGAAUGGCAAUCUCGACGUGCGGAAACUGGCUCUUCAAGCAGUCCUCACGUGGAAGGAACACUCCCUUACUCGAUACGAGGCUACUCUGUUUCAGAUUGCCGAAGACAAGUCAACCACGACAGACCUGGGUGCUCUGUUGAAUGCCGAAGAGGGUCAAAACACCAUCAAGCCCGAUGAUCGCUCCGUUGUCCUUCCGAUUAUGCUGAGGUUGGUUUUCGGCCUGAUCGUUGGGCGAGCUGGCACUACGGGCUCACAAGAAGCAAGAAGGAAAACCAUCAUACGCACUCUGUUCCGUAUGCAGGAGCACGAGGUUACUAUGUUUCUGGAUAUUGCCCUCGGCCGAUUAAGGGACAUCAAGAUAUUGCCAGACCGACCAAACUACCUCUUCGAAGACAUACAGCUUCCUGACGACCAACAAUAUGGUUUCCUCCGCCUGCUGCUGUCCAUGUUGGAAACUCUGCAGAGUCGCUUUGCUCCUUACGGUCAACAGGCUGUUGAUGCUGUUGUGUUCUGUGUCAUUAGAGCUUCUACCCUCACAAGGUCCUCAAGCUCGUCCUCAGCUCUGUCCCGCAACAUCAGGCGAGUCGGGUUUCAAUGUCUUGUUCUCCUGUCUCUGGAUUGCCCUGAUAUCGACUGGCCACGAUAUCUGCCGAGUCUUUUCACGAAUGCAAUCAGCCCCCGUCUCGAGAUCUUUGCUUCGGAAACAAAUCAGGGCAUCUCGGGGUUGCUACGGCUCUUCUCGUCAUGGGCACAAUCUGUCGACAUGGUGAGUUUCCUCGCACGAUACGACAGCCGUGUCCCAAGUGUACUAUGGGAAUGCCUUGCAGCACAGGCUGCACAGAACGAAGUAAAGACUUUUGUCCUUGAGGGGAUCGUUCUCCCCUUGGCAGGUCUCGCUGAGGCCGAGUCGGUCACUCCGAACGAAGCUCGCGAACUGCUCGAGCGUGAGACCGAUAAUCUGCUGAGUGCGCUGUUGACACUCCUUCAACGCGCUCCGCCCAAGGACCUACUCAGCGCCAUCACAUCGGUUCUACCCCGAAUUGCUCCGUUCGCAAAAUCUUCAGAUUCCAGGCAAGUAACGAUCCGUUUGUUGACGGCUCUGUUGCGCGAUUCUGCGCACAGGCUGCCUCCCAAUGUCAAAAGCCGGCUGCUUCGGUCAAUUCAGUCUUUUCUGGAUACUUUAGACGAGUUCGAAGACGAGGACAGCCAAUCACGACUUUUGGAUUUGGUGUCCUCUCUGUUCAACUACUUCAAGGAUGAGCCUAAUCGUCAAGUCCUCUGCCAGGUCAUGGGAAGGCUCUCUGUGCUCGAUCCGGACCUCGCACUCGCAGCACAGCUCUGCCAUGAUAUAAACGCUGUUUCGACACAACAACUCGAGGAGAUCGACUACGACAGGCGGUUCCAGGGCUUCCAAACCAUAAACUCGGUGGAAGUCGACAACAAUGAAAAGAUAUGGCUCCCGAUUGUGCAGAAUUUGUUGUUUUUCGUCAGGACAGCUGAUGAUUUCUCAAUACGAUCAAAUGCUUUGAGUUGCCUCAAGCAGUUCAUCGUCAAAGCUUGCGAGGCGAAGAGCACCGGGUUCACGAAUCUAAUCACUGGCAUAAUACUUUCUUCCGUCCGCAAGGGUAUUAGAUCUGAGUCGGAACUUGUGAGAGCUGAUUUCGUCUCUUUGUAUGGGCUCCUCGUACAGCAUGUUCGCGGUGAUCCGGACCUGGAGAGCUUGACGGUGCUCCUUGUCGGCAAUGAUGAAGAAGCAUCUUUUUUCUCAAAUAUACUCCAUAUCCAGCAGCACCGCCGAUUGCGGGCGAUUCGACGUCUCGUCGCCGAGGUUGAAAAGGGCGUUAUCAGUGUACGCAAUAAUGCCGAGCUCUUUGUCCCUUUGCUGGAGAUGUUUGUCUAUGACUCCAGCAAUGAUGAGUCUGCUCAGAACACCAAAGGUCAAAGCAUAGCUGCAAUGAGCACGAUACUUCAAUGGAUCGAGUGGAAACACUUCAAAAUGUUGUUUCAUAAAUACAAGAAUGACAUCCAUGGGGGUGAGAGCAAUCGAAAGGUCGCAAGUAGGCUCCUCAGUCAUGCGGCCGAUGCGUUGUUGACGGCCAGAAGCCAUCAAUCGGAAGAAAACAGGGCGAGUCCUGUUCCACACUUGACACGGUCACUCCCAUCCGGCCAAACCAUUGAGAACGACAUCCGGACACACUUCAUACCCAAAUUUGCCGAGCUUGUACACUACAAGGACGAGGCCGAAAUCAGUUUUCGCAUCCCAAUCGCAGUCACGACCAUCAAGCUGAUUACAGUGCUACCACAAGAAGAGGUUCAUAUGCUUGCUGCUCCAAUCAUUCUCGACAUUGCUCAGAUCCUCCGGAGCCGUACUCAAGAAUCACGCGAUGUCGCACGCAACACACUUUGUCAAAUUGUCUUGUUGCUCGGAACCUCAAGUUUACAGUUUGUGUUGAAAGAGCUUCGUACCGCAUUGACGCGAGGCUAUCAACUGCACGUGCUGUCAUACACUCUCCACGCCAUUCUUGUGGCUAUUACUCCAAGCACCAAGCUCGGAGAUCUCGACUACUGCGUCGAAGAUCUUGUGGCGGUAGUCAUGGACGACAUUUUUGGUACCGUUGGCCAGGAGAAGGACAACCAGGACUACGUCAGUAGUAUGAAAGAGGUCAAAAGCAACAAAAGUUACGAUUCAAUGGAGUUGUUGGCAAAGUCGAUAAGCGUACCAUCAUUGUCAAAGCUCGUUGCGCCCAUCCAGGUCCUCUUACUAGGCACCUUGACUACAAAACAAGUGCGGCAGGUUGAUGAGCUCCUUCGCAGGAUCGGGGCAGGUGUCUCACAGAAUCCUGGUGCGAGCAAGCGGGAUCUGUUGGUCUUCGCAUACCAGCUGAUUCAGGCCAUUUAUAAGGAGAAAGAGAACAACCGUGUUCGAGCACUCACUCUCGAGGAGAAGAGCCGGCAGAGGUACCUCAUCCAAAUGACUUCGGCGUACAAGGCGACCACUGGCCGGACCUCACCAUUAUUGUAUAAGCUAGCACGAUUUGCUCUUGAUCUGGUACGAUCUAUUCUUCAAAAGCACGAUGAGGUCCUCACAGCAGAGAACGUACACGGAUUCCUUCCUGUGAUCGGCGACGCUUUGGUCGAAGCGCAAGAGGAUGUCAAGACCUCUGCAAUGCGCCUGUUGUCAGCCAUAAUCAAGUUACCGAUGCAGGAACUUGACCAGAACGGGCCAUUGUACGUGACAGAGGCCGUCAAGGCCGUCAAGAAUGCGACCAGCACCAAUGAUGAAGCUUGUUAUGCGGCGUUGAAACUGGUGGCUGCGAUUCUCCGUGAGCGGAAGGGGGUCAAAGUCCGAGAUCUCGAUAUCGCAGAGCUCUUGCAGAGACUCGCCCCGGACAUCGAGGAAUCGGAUAGACAAGGCGUUACGUUUAACUUCAUUCGGGCGGUCAUGUCACGCAAACUCCAGUUACCCGAGAUUUACGAAUUGGUCGACAAAAUCGGGAUCAUGAUGGUCACUAACCAGGCCAAAGGAGCGCGAGACAUCGCUAGAGGUGUCUACGCUCACUUCCUGAUCGAGUAUCCGCAAAGCUCCACGAGAUGGUCAAAGCAGCAAAAGUUCCUGAUGAAGAACCUGGAAUAUGAGUAUCCAGAGGGUAGGCAGUCCGUUUUGGAAGCCAUCAAUACCCUCGUCGCGAAGACGAAAGGAGAAGCUGCCCAAGACCUGAUCUCCACAUUCUUCGUUCCGGUACUGCUCCGAAUGGUGAAUGACGACAACAUGGGCUGUAGAGACUUGGCUGGAGCUUUACUUGGUCAAAUUUUCCGCUCGGCUGAUCGUGCUCACUUGCGGGAUCUCCUGGGACCCUUGAAGUCGUGGAUGGAACAGGAUGACAGUGAGGCGUUGCAGAAAGUCAGUAUGCAAGCUUACAAUAUCCUCUUGAGCUCUGACGUUGCCAUGGAAGACGAGGAGGUGGCCAGUAUCCGUGACAACCUUGCUCGGGCACUGCAACAGCAACCGACAGAAGAUGAAGAACAUUGGGAAGUCCUGUUCCAGGCUUUGCUGCUAUUGUCAAAAUCCGUUCAGGCUCAUCCAGAUAUGGUGCUGAAUCAGCAGCAGACCAACCUGUGGUCCCCGGUGUGGAAGUCAUUGGGUCAUACACAUGCUUGGAUCCAAAGCACAGCUGCAAGCUUGAUCUGCGACUUCUUCCGACAUUGUUUAGAUGCAGAUCAUUCAAAGCUGCCACUGAAGUGCGAUCGUGGCCUGCGGCUCAAUGGGGAGAAAUUUCUCGAAAUUCUCAAGGCGAGCGUUCGCAUCCUUCGACGUGCUGCAGGCAAUGAGGAGCUCAGCUCUCAAAUAGUGCAGAUUCUUGUGUUCCUUGGACAAUGUGUGAAUGUUAAUGGACUGACGAUGGAGGUUGCCGAUAAAUCAGCGGAUGAUGAAACUCUAGAGCUGGAAGACGAAGCAGAUCUCGAUGAGGAACAACCCCACAGGAGGAAGAAGAUUCCAGCACUUCAAUAUCUUCUGGAUCAGACGACGCGAAUCUUGAGGAUUGAAUUGACAUCGCUCACCUCUGCUGCACUACUUCCGAAGAAGUCAUCUUUGGUCCUGCUUUCGAACUUGAUACCAACUCUGUCCAUGGACCAUCUCAGGCCGAGUGUCCACCACAUCCUCGCUCCACUCCAGCAUCUGACCGACCCGAACACCAUUCCACCCCGUUCUGCAGAUCCGACCUUCGCGGCUACAUACCAGAACUUGAUCGAGUUGGCACACGAGGUCGUGGAGAAAUUACAAGUCAAGCUGGGAGACACAGAGUAUGUGAAGGCGCUGACGGAAGUGAGUCGAUACAUGCGCAAGAGAAGAGAAGAGCGGAGAAUGAAAAGAAGGAUCGAGCGUGUUGCCGAGCCGGAGAGGGCUGCUAGGGAGAAGAAGAGGAAGGGAGAUAGGAAGAAAGAGCGCAAGAAGGAGAUUGGACAGACUUAUCAGAAGAGACGGAGAGAGAUGGGGAUGUAGUGUUGAAGUGUUUGUUUGUCUUAUUGCAUGGGACGGCAUCAUGUUUCAAAAGGGAUUGCUGGUUGAACUUGCGAUCGCAUAGCGUCGGCGCUUGUCCAUGUUGCGGAGGCUGCAUGGAUGGAUGGAAUAUAUGCUGAUGAUACGACCGCUUCUUCUGUUCUCUUCUUGCUCGAUG